GCUGAGUAUUACAACUGAAGAUCACAGAAUCAAAUCACCCAGCGGAACUUGCAAAUGUUUUCAUAACACUAACACUAACACUCUUAGUUUAAGACAUGACGUCCAAGGACAAGAUAGUGAGGGUAGCGCAAGCUGAAUUUAUAGCAGAGACUGGGCCAAAAGUAAUAAGUUAUGACGAGCUAUCAUAUUUGCCACCCCCUGCUCCAUUUUACGAACAGCAGGGACUUAAAGAAAAGCUUAUAGCAAAGACAAAAGAAAAUCCGUUUGUCCCACUUGGUAGGUAGUAGUAGUAGUAAAUAAAAAAAUAGUAGACAGGGUUGUGAACUGAAAGUGAAGUGUAGUCUUAAUAAUUUUUUUAAGUAGUAUUUACACUAGGGUGACCAAAUCAUGAUGAACUGGGAAAAACGAGACACACCCACGGAGGGUUAGUGGGGAUAUCCUCGAGCAAAAGAGGGGUCUGGGGGGCCUCAGCUGGAAACUGUUUUUUAUAUUUAAAUAUGCUCAUUUUAAUUUUAUUUUGAGACCUAGAAAUCUUUUUAAAUUUACCUUCUCUUUUGUAAUUUAAUUUAAACGUUGAGGUAUAUCGUAAAAGAAAACAAUAUUUUUGCAGAGUGGUGGAGGGGGAACAGUGCAACCAUCAUGCGAGCCCACAUCACUACUGGCACUGGCUACACUUACACAGCUAGCCCAAAUAUUACUUAAAGUUAUAUUAUAAAUUAGGAAGUUUCAGUGAUUUGAAAAUGUGUUUGGUUUUAGAAAUGGACAUUUAGGCGCCCUGAGAGACUUUUUCGGGACACCGGGUAUGAUAGUAAAGCAACGGGACAAUCCCGUUUUUACGGGAGGUUUGGUCACCCUAAUUUACACUGACUAGUCCUACUAAUAUUGGUGGUAAUCUUGCAUUUCAGGUGCGUAUAUUAUUUCUGAUAAAAUUUCGUAUCGAAGUGGUUAUGCGCAGCCGACUGCGUAUAACCCUGAGAGUUAUACGCAGUCGGCAAGUCACGUGACGUCUAUAUUCUUCCUGUGUUUCAGUAUCAAUCAAUAAGGGCGCAUUGAUAUUGGGGUGACUGUGUGGUCGAAUGGUCUAAACUGACCAAUCCUCAAGUAGGUGGUCUUGAGUUCAAUUCCAACCAACGGCAAGCCAUCAUUACACGUUAGUUGCUAUGCUUUUUCUCGAGAAUGAAGCAACAACUAGGCUUAUUGUUUUACUUUUUUUUUGGCUAAAAAAUGUUAAAACAUGAGAAGAAUUAUUAACUUGACCAAUGUAAUGUUAGUAUUGUUAUACUUAUAAUUAUCAAAUAUAUGUUUGUGUUGUUAUCUAAUUUUGUGGCAGAUACAAUCAUGUUUCACUUGUACAGUAAUAAAAAUAAUCAUGGGUUGAGAGUAGCAGGAAAAAAAUCGCUGUAGGGGCAGGGGGUUCUGUAGAGGGGGCAGUGUAAGUAAUACUUUCACACAGUUAUAGUUUUGCAUGGAAGCUGAAAACUGUUACAUUUAGGUCAUCAAAAAAAAAAAACCAUAAAUGAUAAAAUUUAAAAAAAGAUAAAUAGAAUGUAUUUCCUGAAUUAGUCAGUAAAACCAACCACAUAGUCAUAGCAACAUAUAAAAACCUAAUCAAUCAAAAUACAUGACUAGACUUAGACCAUGGAAAUGCCUUUAAAAAAAUCUAAGACUUAGGCUUAGACUCUCAGAAAUGUAGACUUUGACUUAUACUUAUAAUUAUAAUAUAUAAGAUACAAGCAAUAAUACUAAUAAUAGCACUAAUACUAAUAUUAUUGCUAUCAUCAAUUUCAAUAUUAAUUAAAAUUAAUUCAAUUAAAAUUUUACGUUAAACACAUUCAAAGUUCUAGUUCAAAACAAUCCAUCAUGCAGCUAAUUACGCAUAAUACUUUUUUUUUUAAAUUGCCAAACAAGCGAUAAUAAACCUUAUUUGGCUAAAUUCCCAGCCGACUGCGUAUAACCCUGAGAGUUAUACGCAGUCGGCUGUGAAUAACCCUCAGGGUUAUGCGCAGUCGACUGCGUAUAACGCUUCCCAUUUCGUAUUGUGUGUAAACUUAGGUGUAUUCUUUAUAAAAUUUAGUCCAGACAGUAUUAACACUACACACUAAAUUGUACAGCGCUAACUUUUCUUUUUCUGAUUUUUACAGCCCCCAUUGAUGCAUAGACGGUAGCGUAAACGAUCUCUCCGUUUUCUUGUGGUUUUUUUAAUUCACCCUACAUGCCAGAUUACAAUUUUCCGAUUUCCCAGUGUUUUACAGGUCCCAUAAUUUAGAUGUUAGCUAAAGGGCUUUUAAAGAUGUUCAUUUCCGAAUGCCAUCACGAGCGACGCCGUGUAUAUUGGCUAGUUUUAGGAAAAAUUAAAAUUAUGAGUUCAUUACCCUACAGUACCGGCUUUUGAAUAUGUAUAAUCAAGUGCAUGUGUAAGUUUGAUCUUGUUCCAUUCACCCUUGCCCAUGCAGGAGCCUUUGUUUGGAACUAUAUUUAUACACCCAAUAUAAGAAAAAAAAAGAAUUUUUGGCCCCUAUAAAAUAACGGAACAUCUAAUGAACAUGCGAACAAUUUGAAAAUUUUGUUUAGCAUACCAACUUAUAGGUGAUAAAAAAUAUGGCAGCAGAGUGAAAAAUAGAAAACAAAUGGAGCUAUGGAAGAUUGGAGGAUGUUCAAAGACGCUUUAUUAGAAAUAAAAUAUGGCAUGCAAGAUUACCCUAAUAUUACUAAUAACUAUAGGUUGUGGUAAAUUUUGGGUUAACGGUAUGUUUUUUGCCAGGGGCUGUCUCACCCUAAGCGCAGUGACGUCACUUUGUGAGCGUUGAGCCUGAUUAAGAGACCUGGCUUCUGUGGGGUGAGAUACGUGUUUGCUGGCAUGCCCGGCACUAGUCCCAUGACCACUUUAAAUUGGAAUGUUAGGCGAAGCUUUUCUCGUCUGUCAUUGAGGGAGGGGAUGUCAAUUCUUUUUAAGAGGCCAAUAACGAAGCCAGGAGGGGUGGAUUUGUGGUCACAUGCGAUGAAGUGCACUGCGUUAUGUUGGAUUCGCUCCAUCUUGUCCACGUCUUGCUUUAGGUAUGGGUCCCAGGUGAUUGCACCAUAUUCUAGUAGUGGACUGACGAGUGCAAGAUAGGCAAUUGGUUUGCAGGAGGUUUGGCAUUGGCACAGAUUUCUUCAAACGAAACCUAGUGUGGAGUUGACUUUUUUUUAAAAACUUUUUUAUAUGGGGUGACCAUUUUAAGUUAUUCGAGAAGAUAAUUCCAAGGUAUGGAUUAUUUUAUACUUGUUGGAGAAUUGUGUUGUUGAGGGAGUACAUAUUGGUUAAUUAUUUUUUUUUCUUGAGAUGCUCAUUGUGCAACAUUUGGUUUCGUUAAGUUUCAUGCCCCAUUUGUCCGCCCAAUUCAUAAGGCACUUCUAAUCUGCUUGGAGGUGGUUGUGGUCAUCGUAGGCUUUGCCUGAUCAGACGCAAUCUACCACUACUUGCAUGCUCCAUUGUGUUAGGAAUGAAGGUUGCCGGUAAUGCCGUAGUGGUGGAGCUUGUGUUGAAGAAGGCUGUGUGGAACAAUGUUGAAGGCCUUCGAGAAGUCGAGCAUUUUCAUAUCAACCUGAUUACCUUUGUCAAAGGAGGCAAGGAGGUCAUUGGUGGUGAUGAUUAAUUGAGUUUCUGUGGAGAAUCCAGAGCGGAAACCGUGGGUUUAGGUUGGUCAAAAUGUUGUAGUGUUCAAGGUGGUUCAUGAUGUGGUGACAGAUGAUGUGAUCUAGAAUUUUGCAUGGGAUGGAGGUCAGAGAUAUUGAGCGGUAGUUUGCUGGGUUAUGACUGUCACCUUUCUUGUAGGCACUAGUGAUAUUUGCAUCAAGCCAGUCUAGUGGGAGUUUGCCGGAGUCAAGCGACUUUUGGAAAAUUCGGGUGAUGGUUGGGGCACUGUUGUCAGCCAGGGUCUUCGGGACAAUGUUCGGGAUACAGUCAGGUCCGGUCACUUUAUUGGGCUUCAAGUUUUUGAGAAGUUUGGCUACUCCUGGUUCAGUUAUGUUGAGGGGGCCUAUUGUACCAGGUGAAGGUUUUAGGGAUGGUAUGAUUGUGGUGGAAAUUUUGGUGAAGACAGAUUGAAACUGCCUUAGGAGAAUUUCUGCUUUGCAUUGGCUAUUGCUUUCAAGUUGCCCUUUUUCUAGUAGUGGGGGGCUACACCAAUGUUGACUUGCUUCUUGGAUUUUAUGUAGCGCCAGAAGGGUUUUGUGUUGUUGUUUUCGAGGCCAUCUUGAAUGACUCCAUUUAUGUGCUGCCACUCUCCUCUUCUUAGUUCCCUACGGCAGUGUUUCUGGAUUUGGCGGUACAGGGUCCAGUUGUUGGUAAUUUGGGAUUUCUUUAACAGUCUUUUCUUUCUCUUCGGCAGCUUCUUGAGCUGUGUAUUCAGCCAUGGAAGAUUACAUGGAUGCUAUAUCAAUGAUUUUAAUUUUGGGGUUGGUUGCCAUGGACAUGGCUGACAUGGGAUUAACUCAUUCCCGACGGUUGCGACUAAAUGCGUCCUCGGGGGGUUCCUACUGAUGCGUCCAAAUGCGUCCCGGCGCAUAGCGACACACCUCUCUUAUUUUUAGUUAAAAAUAGCAAUGAAAUCUCGCACCCCUCGAGACUUCCGGCUAUGGCGUGAUUUCUGCGUGAUUUUAAUUUAGAAACCGGAAGUUUUUAUCUUGUUUCACUUUAAAACUACGUGUGCUUUAGUACGGCGCGUCUAUAUGUAGCAUGUGUUCGUCCGAGGUGCCCAAAAUCGAUUUUUUUGGCCAUUGUUCGUUAUUUUUCCCCCGCUAAUGUUAUAUUUAUAUUAAACCUUAUUCAUUUUUUGUUGCAUUUGUUCUUAAUUCAUUAACAUUAAAUAAUAUUUAGCAACUUAAAAAAAUAUUUUAAAAAUAUAAAUCAAUUUCAAAACUGAGUGGCUUCCCUUUUCUCAGGAAAAUAAAUUAAGUCCGGAAGCAGCGCUGCCGGAGGGAAUGAGUUAAUAAGCACUUGUCUUUGACUUAGAGAUAGAAACAAACUCAAUCAUGGAGUACUUAUAUCUAGUUUCAACUCCCUGCAUAAGUGUCAUUGAUACGUAAAUUAUUUUUAUGGUCCCUGGUGUUAUGUAAAAUUAGUACUACUACUAAGGCUAUGACUAGUGUGACGCUAGUUGAACUCCUACUAUACUAUGGCUAGGGAUAUGAUUUUUAUCUACUAAUAAAUACUCUAAGCUAACCUCACUCCACUCACACUAAUAUUCAAUGACUCUCUCUUACUAGCUCACUUCUACUAAUACUAUUACUUUAUGACUAUAAGAACACAGGUGGUUCAGCCCACGAAUAAUAAAUAUUUAAUUACAAGAAGAAUUAACUACACACAUGUUAUUACACAUAAUAUAAACAUAUAAAUACUAAAUAGGUAUACUCUCUAAUACUAAUUUCUAUGCACUAAGUUACGACUGGCUAUCUUGUCCUCUGUAAGUAGGUCAGAUCCAAAUCACACACACACACAGCAGUCUUGUUUGCCUCUCCCUCUCGCUGGUCACUCGCACUGCGACGUAAUAGGUGUAGACUCUAACGGUGGGGCACAAUCGGCCUGGGCUCUGGGAAGUUCAACAGAUGCGUAGAAAGAUGUGCUGGCUAGGGAACCAGCCUAUCUUCCCAGGCCUUAUGAUUUUUUCCUGUGAAGUCCAUACUACCAUCACAUUGUGACGGAUAGAUGCCAAAAAAGAAAUGAACGUUUUUAAAAAAAGGCUUGACACCACAGCAUGAUUACACUUGACAGUUUGCGGGUUAAUAAGCUUACUAGGGAUGGCACUGUUGUAGGACAGUAUGAUGUCUAUGUUCCUAAGUUUUAGAUGACUCUAACUCUAAAGAUAAUAAUAGUAAUAGUAGGCCUAUUAAUACUACAAUGGACCACAGUUGUCAUGAUGUAGCUGUGAACUAGUCUCUCCUGUACAAUAAUUUAAAGUUUAUGCUACAUUUAAUUAACACUGGAACAAUUAAUAACUGUCCAUUGAUGCAUGUUUCCAAUUGAACUAGCGAUGCUAGUCUGCUGAGGCAUGUAGGAGGGUUUGCCAGGUGUGUGUUCAAAUCACAGAAAAAUCACAUUUCUUCAUUCAAAGCAAUGGUAACCUGUUAUAAAAGAGUGGUGGUAAUGUAGUUUUUUAAAAUUGGUACUCUGCAAUAUUUUAACAUCUCGGCAUAUAUAGACCCUUCGAGGAUUUCCGCAGCACACCAAAAUUAAAACAAAUAAUAAAAACUGAUUUACUGGGGGUUUUUUUUACAUGCACCAACAAUAUAAAUAAGUUUUUUUUUCUUUCUUAUAGACGUGAAAUUAACACAAGCCGAUAGAUCUUGUAUACCAAAUUAUAUAACAUUAAAUAGUUUUCACUAUUUAAGGGCAAAUAUCAAUAAAACAGAAAUAACAUAAGCUUUUUUUUAAAUGGCUUUUAACCAUCUUCAUUUUUUAAAAUUUUUUUUUACACAUAUCUGCUUGUUUUUGUGUCCAGUUAAAGCGGUUUUUAUAUUAUAUUUCAAAUAUAAAAUAUGUAAAUGUAAGCAUACAAAGGACCACAAAAUUAAAAUAGUCUUUUUAUACAAAUGUUAUCAGCUACCGGUACCACUUUCUCAGUAAUGAUAUCUAUGUGUAAAGUUACAAUAUUUAUUUCAAAGCUAAAAAACACAUGCCAAAAAGAAUAAAAAUGAAACAAAAGCAAUAUUUUAAAAACGUAAUGUCACACAAUCCCCUUGUGUUUGACUGUUUCAAAAAAUCAGAUGAAAGAUCUUCUGUACCAUGAGUCUCGGUUUGUUUUGGGUUUAUUUCAAUCUGUCGGCAUUAUAUGUUACUUUGGAAGCGUUACCAAUUUUUUAACAACAAGCAAAGUACAGGCGUGAAAAGCAUGAGUUCAAUUUUAUCAAAGGCUAAAGACACAUUUUGCUGGUCCUUCACACAUUUUGAGAUGGGGACUUUUUGCGUAGACCGCCAAAUUUAACAUGAAGUGGUGCUGUUAAUCAGAAUAACACUUUUAAAUAGUCUUCACAUUAAUUUUAUCCCUUUUCGUGUCGACCGCCAAAUUUAAAUAUGAAGUGGUGCUGUGCUGUUAAUCAGAAUAACACUUUUAAAUCAUCUUAAAAUUAAUUUUAUCCCUUUAGAAGAAUUUUGCCAUGGCACACCUAGCAUAGUCUCACAGUACACCAGAGUGCCAGGGUUGCGAAGCUUUGGUUAAAAUUUGAACAUUUCAUUAAAUGACUGCAUUUAAUGCACACCCACAUAAUUGUAAUUAAGGAUGUAUAAAUUACUUGAAUUUUUCAUUUUCAGGUGUUAUUUUUACUACUGUCGUUUUGGGUAUUGGUAUUUCAACACUAAGAACAGGAGAUGGUCGCAAAGCACAGCUGAUGAUGAGGUUGAGAGUUGGAGGACAAGCCUUUGCUAUAUUUGCAAUGCUAGCUGGAAUGUACUAUAAAACAAAAUAUGAAAAGAAAAGCUAAUUCCAUAUUGCAUUUUGUUUACUUGUAUAAACUGAAGGUUAUAAAAACAUGUAUUUAAGAAUAAAAUUACUGCCUGCGUGCCCUGGAUUGAUUGGCAAAAAAAAAAUUUUAGACAAAAAUAGACCAAAAAAUUUAUUAAAGUAAAGAGAAAAUAAAGAGAAAGUAACUAAGCUGAUGUCCUGUCCGUUCGUUCACCAUACAAAUACGCUACAGUAAAUUAAAACUAUAUUAAAACAUUACUAAAAAAAAUUUGCCUUCCCUGGAAAGUUAAUCGAUUUUUUUUUGCCCCCCCCCCCCCCCUAGAAAGUUUUCUGCGGGGGCCCAUGCCUGCCUGUGAUUUCCUUAUCAACAUUUCCUUUGUGGGGAUCAUUAUAAAAUUGUUCUUGAAUAUUUUUUUAAGACAAUAUUUUCUCAAAUGAGGAAAAAAAACACUUGAGUUAUGUAUGACUUCAGCUUGUUGCCCUGAAUUUCAUCUGUGUAAUAUUUAUAAAAGAAUGGGUGUUUGAAUAUGAUUGCUGUAAGAUUGCAGUUCAUGUCGUUAAAAAACAGAAUAUGAUUUGUAGAUCUGUUGCAAAGUUAUGUUUUAAAACAUGGCAGAAGCGGUAUAAUUUUUAAAAGUGCAAAAAUAAAUUAUGACAGGACCAUCACCUGUAUUUUGUACAAGUUCUGUGGUUUUUUCAUGGAAAUAUUACGUUAUUUUUGUGAAACUGAUAUCCCAACAAGAUAUCUAAUGACAUACAAGUUGAAAUUGUUCUUUGUUUAUUUAUUUGUUUUCUACUAUGGUACUACUUGUAAAGUCUGCAAUAAGUUUACCUCUGACUAUAUUUUCUUUUCUCCAAUGUAAAAAAAAUAAGAAUCAGUUCUACUGAUCUGAUGUCACUCACAGCUUAAAAAGAAGAUUAUCUAAAUAUGUUUCCUAUUUUGCUUGGACUCAAAAUUUGUUGUGCAAAAAAAUUGUAACUCUCCUUGCCAGAGGUAAAAUAAUUUAAGGUUGAUUUGGAUUUGUUAAGAUGCCAAGGAGAAGCUAAAAGUAAAAGCAAUGUUAUUGUUAACUAUUAAAAAUAAUAAUUCAUCUUC